AAGUAAAAUGGCGGACCUGGCAAACGAAGAAAAACCUGCCAUUGCUCCACCUGUCUUUGUAUUUCAGAAGGAUAAAGCACAGAAGUCCCCUGGAGAGCAGAAAGCUUUGUCGGAUUCAGGAGAGGACCCCCAGGGAGAGGUUGAGCCCCCUUACCAUGGUCUGGGUCACACAGAACCAGCUGGUGAGUGUGACUUUGAACACCCUACUCCUGCUGUGGCCUCAGUCAUUGCUACCCUGAGUCCUGCUUCUGAAGCCCAGCUUGCUCCUAUUCACCAAGAACUGGCAGGGAGAUCUGGAGAUGGAUCAAGUCCAGAAGAUGGAGAUGAAUCUGAUCGAGAGGAUGGAAGUUACUGUCCACCUGUAAAACGUGAGAGAACUUCAUCUUUGACUCAGUUCCCUCCUUCUCAGUCAGUAACAAAGAACAAUGUCUUUAUGCCGUCAAGUUUCUGUGAACCCUCUACAGGCAAUUCUGACUCAGAACCAGAGGAAAAGAGCAGUGGAUUCCGGCUUAAGCCACCAAUACUUAUCCAUGGUCAGGCACCUAGUGCAGGUCUCCCUAGCCAGAAACCGAAGGAACAGCAGCGAAGUGUGCUCCGUCCAGCAGUUUUACAGGCACCACAGCCAAAAGCUUUCUCACAGAUGGUUCUCAGCAGUGGCACCAAUGGUGUAAAUAUCCCCCCAGAUUCUGCAGCCAUAUCAGAAUCACCAAGUGAUGCAACACUGAAAAGUUCCAACUCUGAAGACAAGGUACCACAAUGUCAGAAAAAGGAGUCCAACAAUACUUCAGAUGAUGACAGCUGUGAGAAGGCUGAACUAAAUGCACACCAAGCAUUUGUUUUUGGGCAAAAUUUAAGAGAUAGAGUUAAGCUAGGAGAUGAAAGCGAUGAAACUACUGAUGUGCAGAAUGCUGGUCUUCUGACAUCAGAUAUACCUUCUGCAACAAACUAUUUUCUACAGUACAUCAGUUCCAGUGUAGAGAACUCUACGAACAGUGCAGAUGCGUCUAGCAACAAGUUUGUUUUUGGACAGAACAUGAGUGAGCGAGUCCUAGUGAGUAUCCACUAUAGUCCACCAAAAUCAAAUGAAGGUAGUACAGAGAGUAAUAAGGAGAAUGCUUCUACAGAGUCUGGGUCAGAAUCGUCUUCUCAGGAGGCCACACCAGAAAAAGCUAAUAAUAUUUCAGAAUCACUGGCAGAGUCUGCAGCAGCCUAUACAAAAGCAACAGCAAGGAAGUGUUUAUUAGCGAAGGUAGAAGUGAUUACUGGGGAGGAAGCUGAAAGUAACGUGUUACAGAUUCAGUGCAAGCUGUUUGUAUUUGAUAAAAGUUCUCAGUCUUGGGUGGAAAGAGGUCGAGGGCUCCUGAGACUCAAUGAUAUGGCCUCAGCAGAUGAUGGAACAUUACAGUCUCGACUGGUGAUGAGGACUCAGGGGAGUCUCAGGUUAAUCUUAAAUACCAAGCUCUGGGCUCAGAUGCAGAUUGAUAAAGCCAGUGAGAAGAGUAUCCGGAUCACUGCCAUGGAUACAGAGGACCAAGGAGUUAAAGUUUUUCUUAUAUCAGCAAGCUCUAAAGAUACAGGGCAGUUGUAUGCUGCAUUGCACCAUCGGAUCUUGGCCUUGCGCAGUAGAGUGGAACAAGAGCAAGAAGUCAAGAAUGUAGCACCUGAGCCAGAGGUAACACAGUCAAAUGAGGAAGACAGUGAUGAUGAUGUCAUUGCACCUUCAGGAUCAGUUGGAAGUGGUCCUAAUGAUGAAGGUGAUGGGCAGAACACUGGCAGCACAUAGCAGAUGUGAGCCAAUCUGCUUGCAAGGCUGCUAUGAACACCAUCUUGCAGGCGUCUCUGGAUACCCCAGGCCAGCAAUUACUUCAGGCGGUGUUGAAAGCUCCAAGACUUAAGAACUGUGCAUCUCUGUUCUGUUUGUUUGGGUUUUUGGUCUGGAUCAGUAGAUUCCACACACAAAAAAAAAAAAAAAAAAAGCAGCAGACUUGGAAGCUACCUGAAUGUGGUUUGGGACGUUGAAAGCUCAUCAUAUUGAUGAGCAAAAAAAAAAAAAAACAAAAAAACCAACCCUAAAACAACAAAAACACAAAAUGCAACCACCCCCAACCAUUUUCCCUCUUUCUUGUAAUUAAAAUGGCACAUUACAGCUUGUCACAGCUUUUCAUUGGGACCUUUUGGCUGUUUCUUCAGUAGUUCAUGUCUUGCAGGUCUCCAAGAUAGAACUUUUCAACACGGUUCCAACUUGAAUUCUGCUUUUAUAACCCCUACUCUCCUUUAUGCAGGGAAACCUGGUUCUCAUCAGCUCCUAUGCUCACUGGCUGCCCUUUUGGGUUCCUUUUUUUUUUGUACUGCAGAUGGGGCAGAUUAUGUUUUUACCUUUUAAUCCCAACAUAGGUUGUGGAUGUGGACACCAUUGUUUGCUGUCUAGUGGGUUUGUAAACAGAAAGAAAGAAAACAUUGUGUUUCACCAGAAAAGCUUUUUUAAUGUGAUAAUAAGAAACUUUAAAGUCUGCAGGAUGUUUUGCUGACUCCUUUUUUCUUCCCAUUUCAUUAUUAUUUUUUGGGGAUUUGUAUUGUGGUGAGACUUUUUUAUUUUAGCUUUUCAAUAAGAUGCUCUUGUGUGUUGAAAAAGUGAAAUUAUUGUUUUGUACUGUUCUUUUCUGUUACUAUUUAAGGGAGAGCUAAGCCACUAUAUAUAAUAGAUGUUGCAUACAAUUUUUCUUAGAAAAUGUUACGUUUUUGUGGCUACAGUAAAAUGCAGGAGGCAUACAAAUUACACCUUCAGAAAAGGUAAUGACAAAACAGCUGUUAGCCCUUGGAAGAAUAAAAUAGGCUCUUGUAAUGAGCUCUGCCAGCCAUUAAAAUAAAUCUAUAUAAUAAAGCAGCUCUCAUGUAAUGGCUUGAUUCAACAAGCCAUUUAAGCACUUGCCUGACUUAACUGUAUGUGGAUAAUCUUACUGAAGUCAAUGCAAUUUUUCAUGCUUAAAGUUGAGGACAUUUUUAAAUAUCUUGCUGAAUUAAUGGCCUUAAAUAGAAAAUUUAACUUCUAACCCUUCCUGUCCCUAUUCCAUUUACUGAAGUCUUGCAGCAUGAAGAAAAAGGUAAUACUGCCAGCCUUGAGUAGUUUGGGCUAAAGGUUAUUGUAUUCUGUUCCACCACAAAUAAAAGGAAGAAUGUGUUUUUCUGUGUGAAAUUCUGAAGUACACCAACUGUAACCAUAA